UUCCGGCCCUGCCUCGGCGAGCCUGAGAGACUUGUUACCUUCCGAGUCGUGCGGGCCACUCCGGCUUUUGCGUUGGCCACCACACCCAACUAGGACUUUAGUGUAUUUCUUGAACUGUGGAAAGAGAAUUGGCUGAAGCCGAGCACUGAGGGAGAGAAUGAUGAGAAGCAGGCUGGAGAGGGGAUUAACAUCAGAGGAAUGACAUGUUCUGCAUUGUAUUCUGAGGCCAAGGGAACCUUCUGAAAUCCUCUCAGCUGCCGUGUGCUUCCACCUCAACAGGGACACACUACAGUUUUUCCAGGCUACCUGUGGGGUGCCUCUGCAAUUUUCCAUCACACAGUCUAUGCAGAAAACAUCUUAAUUGUAUUCAUUUUUCUCCAGGACUACAGGGCCGGAGGUGUAGCCUUGCUAUGGAUCUUCAAGUUUUCAAUGGAGAAAACCCCUACAAAUUGGAGGAAUAUGAAAAGAGCUUCCAGUAUUUUCCAUGCCUUACUAAUCCCAUGGAAACCCACACUGAAGCAACACUCUGUGAAUGUGAGGAGUGUUGGAGAGCAUUUGCCUUUUCCUCACACCUAAGUCAAUAUGUAACAAUUUCUUCUGGAGAGAAAUCCCAAAAAUGUAAGGAAUGUGGGAAAUGUUUUGCUACUUUUACUCAACUUUCUGCUCAUAUGGAAGUUCAUACUGGAGAAAAGCCCUUCCAGUGUAAAGAGUGUGGGAAGUGCUUUACAAGUAACACAUACCUUAACGAUCACAGGAAAAUUCACACUGGAAUAAAGUCGUACAAAUGUGUGGAAUGUGGGAAAGCCUUCCUGAGGUGGUCAGGCCUGACUGAACACUUACGAGGAGUUCACAGUGGAGAGAAGCCCUUUGUGUGUAAGGAAUGUGGGAAAGCCUUCUCGAGAUCCACUCAGCUUAAUGAACACACCAGGACACACACUGGAGUCAAGCCCUAUGAAUGUAAGGACUGUGGGAAAGCCUUCACUCAGUACUCAGGCCUUGCCACCCACGUACGCAUUCACAGUGGAGAGAAGCCCUUUCAGUGUAAGCAGUGUGGGAAAGCCUUCACUAGGACCUCAGGCCUUAUUCACCAUGUGAGAACACACACAGGCGAGAAGCCUUUUGAGUGUAUUCAUUGUGGGAAAACCUUCAUUACUGCCUCCCACCGUACUAAACAUAUGAAAAUUCACAGUGGGGAAAAGCCCUUUGUGUGCAAUAUCUGUGGGAAGGCGUUUGUAUACUCCACAUCCCUUAACAUUCACAUGCGAACGCACACUGGAGAGAAACCUUACAUCUGUAAGGAAUGUGGGAAAGCGUUUGCUGUUUCCUCACGCUUAAGCAAACAUGCAAGUGUUCACCAUGGGGAGAAGGCCUAUAAAUGUGAGGGUAUCAGUGUUACCCUUAGCUCCUCUGUGGCCACCCUUAAAUAGUAACAGUGGCACCAAAGAUCAUUGGUUAGUCUUAUCUGCUUUGAGUUAUAGUGGUUCCCACUGGCAGAGAUGCCUCCCUGAUUCUAUGACAUACGAUAUAUAGAUUCCCUCCUUUUUAGAGGGUAGUUGUGGAAUGGAACUCAGGACCUUGUGCCUGCCAGGCAGGUGCUACGUUGCUGAGCUAUACCCCCGGCCUAGAUCCCCUCUUGUGGGAAUGUCUGGGUUUUUUCCUUCCUUUUGUAGUGCUGGGGUUUAAUCUCUGUGUCACAUACACAUGACAGGCAGUCACUCUACCACCGAACUAAAUUCUUAGCCUCCUCUCUGGAACUUGUUUCUACAAAACUGAGUCUGAGCACUUGUGGUCAUAGGUGAGGUCAAUACUGUAGGUAGGCCUCAUCGUGGUGCUUGGAUUCCAAGUGAUGGUAGCAUCCAUGAAUGCUCUGCAUGGGAGUUUAACUUUUUGGAUUGCCUGGGCCACACUAAAGAGGUACUGUCUUGGGCCACAUAUAAUAAUGUAUAUAACAAAGUUCCUUUAUUUUAAAGUAUUAUAAUAGUAAAGUGAAUAACAACAAGCCUGUGGGCCACAGGUUGAACAUGUCUGCAUAAGAUAAAUGCACAGAUUUCGUCCUAGCUGUUGUUGGUUAGUGGCCGCCAAUGUAGCUAUUCAUGUGAAAAUUUACCGGAAGCUAAGUUGAUAAGCUAAGCACAGGACCCAAGUGGACUGUUGCCAGACACUCCUCCAGGAGUCUCCCCUGACCCCAUUGAUCGUGUUGAGCAUGCCAAGAAGCCCUCUGUACUUUUAAUGCAUAGUCUAACUUUGUAGCCAAUUGUUGUUUCCUUAUAAAAUCUUAAUAAGUCCAUCCUGUCUUGCCCACUUAGGUCUAUUUUAGAUCUAAGUGGCAAUGCCUCUGUUAGUGUAAUUCAGUCUAUUCUUCUCUUCUGUUGAGAUUGCUGAUAUCCUACCCGUGGGUCCUAAUCAUGAU